AUGUGCAUACUAUUCAUAAAAUUUUUAAAAUCCGCAAAAAUCGGAGAAUUUAAAUUCAUAUUGGCAACGAAUAGAGAUGAAUUUUUCAAAAGGCCUGGAAAACCGGCACAUUUUUGGGAAGAAGAUGGAAACAUAUUCGGAGGUAGAGACAUGACAGAAAAUAAAUCAGGUGGAACUUGGUUGGCCGUUUCUAAAAAGGGUAAAAUCGGUGUUUUAUUAAACGUGUCGCAAAAAUCAAAUCCCGAUAAAUUGGGUCGAGGAUUUUUAGUUGCAAAUUUAUUAAAAACUCCAUUGACGACAAAAGAAUACAUGGAAAUAUUAAAAAUCGAAAAAGAACUUUACAAUACUUAUCAUUUGGUAUCAGCAGAAUUCAGUCCCCAAGGAAAUUUAUUACAUUAUUCGAAUGGUAAAAGUAACGAAAACGUAAUAACGGAAAUAGAUAGCGAAGUAUUUGCAUUGAGUAACAGUUCGAUGGAUUCGCCAUUUCAAAAAGUUAUCAAAGGUAAACAAAUAUUCAACGAUAUUUGUUCAAAAUAUAAAACAAUAAAAGAUAAAGAUAAACUCAUAUCUGAACUAUUGACCUUUUUAAAAUGGGAUGAAAAACAUUAUCCCGAUACCGUCAUCGAUUCAUUCAGUCACAUACCUGAAAAAAUAAAACCUAAUUACAGUGCUAUCUUUGUUAAAAUUCCAACUUCUUAUUAUGGAACGAGAACUCACACGAUUAUUCUCGUCGAUUGGGAAAAUAAAGUAGAAUUUCACGAAUGGACGCUCGAAGAACCCAUACUAUCGCAAAAUGAUAGUAAAUGGAUCGAAACCCAUGAAAAAUUUAGUUUUGAACUUUGA